CGGUCCCCCCCCGGGCUCCGGUCCGCCCCUGCCGGUGCCCGGCCCCCGGUCCCCCGGUGACAGCGUUGCCCAUCGGGUCUUUUCCAGCCCCGCAGCUGCCGGCAACAUGUGGCUCCUGGAGCGGCUGCGCGGCGUGGCGGAGAACGGCGGGUCCCGGGGCGCGGGGCCGGAGGAGUCCCCGCGGGGAUCCCGCUACAGCAACGUCCUCACUCCCGACAAGAUCCCCGACUUCUUUAUCCCGCCCAAGCUGAGCGCAGCGCCUGCCGAGGCCGAGGGUCCCGAGCCCCCCGCAGCACCCGCCCUGGGUCCCUCAGCCUCAGAGCAGGACCUGGCUGGCCGCAAGCCCCCGCGCAGUCCUCGGCCAUCCAGCCGUCCCCGGCCGCGGGCUGCCGGCCGACACAUCAUCCAGAUCGAGACCGCCGAGGACUGGACGGCCGAGGGGGGCUUCGGCACCAACGCGGACCCGCAGGCACAGACGGCCAUGUCGCUGCCUUAUGUGCCCAAGGCGCAGACCUCCUAUGGCUUCGCCACACUGGUGGAGAGCCCACACACACGGCGCAAAGAGUCGCUCUUCCACAGCGAGCACAGCAGCCUCUGCCCCUCGCCGGCCACCUCGCCCAGCGCCCAGCGCCGAGCCAAGCUCAACGGCGAGAGCAGGCCCCGGACGCCUGCCGACCUGGGUGCAGCCCUCAUGCACCCUGGCCGCUACUUCAGCGGCGGUGAGAGCGACACAUGCUCCUCAGCUGAGUCUUCACCCUUCGGCUCUCCACUGCUCUCCCGCUCCGUCUCCCUGCUGAAGAUCUUCAGCCAGGAGAGCCAGUCCAAGGUCAUCAAGCUGAAGCACUCUGUAGCCCGCAACAGCUCCCUGUCCACCGAUGACAGCUCGGCCGACACCAGCCCCAGCGCCCAGCGCCGCGCCAGGAGCGCCCCGGCCGGGGGGCAGCCGCCAGCUGCUCUGCUGCCCCUGGACCUGCCGCCGGGCCGCAACCGGGAGCACAGCCUGCGGCUCAGCCGGGGUGGGAGCCUGCGCCUGGCUGCCGAGUACGACCCCUCCAACGCCCGGCUGCGCGUGCGGCUCAUCUCUGCCGAGGACCUCUACGAUGCCCUCGUCGACCUGCGCAGCAUCAACUGCUGCGUCUCGCUGUGCCUCAACCCUGGGAAGCUGCAGAAGCAGCGCAGCACCAUCGUCAAGAACAGCCGCAACCCUGUCUUCAACGAGGACUUCUUCUUCGAUGGGCUGGGCCUUGGCCACGCCAGGAAGAUGUCCCUGAAGCUCAAGGUGGUCAACAAGGGCAGCAGCCUUAAGCGGGACACACUGCUGGGGGAAAAGGAGCUGCCGCUCACCGCCCUCCUGUCCUGCCUGUAGGUGUUUGCAGCCAGCCCCAGAGGGACCCUGCCUGCCUGUGGGGCUGGGGUGAGGGCGGGAGGCUGGCCCUGUUCCCUGGCCUCGCUGCAGGAGGGUUUGGAAGGUCCCCUUGCAGGAAGGAUGGGGCUGUGGUAGAGCAUGGGGAUCCCUGGGGGUUCUGCCAGCACCAGCUCUCCUGAGGUGGGGCAGGCAGGGCUGGCAUCCGCAGCCUCUCCCCUCUGCUCCCUCCUGGGGCUGCAUCUCCUGGAGCCCAGCAGGGAGCCACUGGCCCUGUCUCCACUGGGGAGGAUGGAUGUCACCUGCUGGGCUCUUCCCUCCCUGGUGCCUGUGGUCUCCAGCUGACCAGCACGAAGGUUGGAGGUGGGUAGAUCUCUGUAGCAUACUUACUGCCACCUCUCUCAAAGCCCCAGCUCCUGGAGUCGGGUGAUAGCAUCAAUCUCAGCUUUAAUUUAAAAGACAAGUUUCUAGUCUUGGAAACUGCAGAGAAAAUACUGCAGAGGUGACCCAAGAGUGGGCCAAGGGAGGUGACCCUGGGGGAUGAGUCAGGUUUGUGUGUUUCGAGCAUCUCCUAGACUCUUUCCAGCCCUGUGGGACUGCACAGAUGUGCAAGUUGGCUUAGUCCGACACCUGCAGCCCCCCUGGACACCCUCCCUGCCCACCCCGAGCAGUGUCCCCUGCUGCUGACCACCUGUGGGAAACUGCUCACAGAGCUUUGGGUUUGCUCAAAUCCAGGAGGCCACCUGUGCCUGUCCCCUGCCCGUGGGAAGGAGAUGCCAGGGGCAGGCACUGCCACGGAGGGGCCUGGCACCCCUCACCCUGUGCACAUGGGCCGUCCUGGGCAGUGUCCCAGCAGGCGUCCUUGCUGACAAAAGCUGAGGCAACAGGAGUAGCCCACCCUGAGUGCUGGUGGUCUGGAUGGCACUGGGGACAUCCCCAGGUGUCACCGGGCAGGGGCGCAGGCUGUGGCUGAGGCCCCCCUACCCUCUGCCCUCCCUCCCCUGUGCGGGAUCGGGGGCUUGUGAACAGCUGCACCCACCGGGCAGGAGGGAUGUCUCCCGUGGGGCUGUGAAGCCCCCGUGCCCAGCAGGACCCAGCUCCGCAGAGGGGCUGGCCUGGCUCUGCAGUUUCCCUUUGGGUGGAGUGGAGUGCUCCCACCCCUUCCCAUCCCUCCCUGCCGUCCCGGUCGACUGGCUGGAGGCACUGGGAGCGGGGGAAAUGCUGGCCCGGGCAUUUCUGCGGGUGGAUAAAACAGACGCGUUGUUGUUGUUUGGUGUGGCGUUACCCGUUGCGUUGGGCUCUGCAUGCUUCUGUGGAAGGGAGCAGAAUGUGCAGUGCUCCUGUCCCUGCCUGUUGCAGCAUGUGUGGACACACACGCACACACGUGUCCCUCUGUGUUAACCUCUGUCGGUGGCAGUUGAUGUUCCUUCCUUGUCCUUUGCAGCAGAUGGCAGAUUUCAGUGUUGGCUAUUUAUAUCUGAGGCUGAUCUUUCCCAGCGUGUUUUACUUCUGUCUGUAAAUAUGUUUCAGGUACGCGAGGCAUGGUUCUGAUAGCGCGGUGUUUGCAUGUCGGGGGGAUUUGGGGUGAUUGUGGCUGUUUGUCAAGCUUGUGGCUGAAAACAAACCGUGCAGGACCUAAGGAGCAGACACGUCCCUCCUUUGUGGGGGAUUUCCCACCUGAGGCUUCCCACCGCUCCCCCAGGAGCCAACACAGGGGGUGCUCCUGGCUCCCCAGCCUCGCCUUGGGGGCAGCCAGGGGCUCUGGGGUGGGCUACAUCCCUGUGCUGCGAGCAAACAUCCUGUCCCUGAGCCGACCCGGGCAGGAAGAACACCAUGCCUGGCUGGCUGCUGCCCGACAGCCCCGUGCACCCCUCACCAGUGCCCUGUGGUCCCUGGGGUGCUGUGCUCCCCGGGGUGCUGCACCUGCAAGGGGCUGGUGGGACCCUGCAUCGCUGGGGGUGGGGGAGGACGCAGCAGGCUGCAAGGGGAGGGGGGAACAGGAGCUGGGCAAAGAUUGUGCUGCUCUGUGAGAGGGUUGGGGGGUGAUGCAUCCCCAGCGGCGGAGCUGUGUGCCUUUGGGUUCGGGGAAGGGAGAUGCUGAGAGCAGGGCCCUGGGCUGCUCCUUGGGUUGGGGAUGGCCCUGGGGGAGACCCGAGGGCCUGGAGGCUUGUGCUGUCCCCUCCCACCUGUCCCAAGGCUGCCUUGCUGUCCGCUGAGCCCUGGGACAUGCUGCUGUGAGCCCGGCUCCUGUGACGGGUGGGAAGGCGGAGUGGGAGCCGGGACUGUGGCCUGGCUGGGUCUUUCCUCCCCUGUAGCUCUUUUCUACUGUUCCUGCUUUGAUAUUUCUGUGGCUGGAUUUAAUGACGCAUUUUUGGAGUGAAAAAAAUAUAUUAAUACCUGAAUGGAAUGUUUGUUUACAGAUUACUUCCCCUUUUUAGUGCAAUAAAGUAAUUUCUAAAACAGA